UUUAUUUGAAAAUCAAAUAACAAACAGUCGGAAAUAAAAAUGUUGCGAAGACAGGCUCGACUUAGGAGAGAAUACAUUUAUAGAAAAUCUAUUGAAGAAAGGGAAAGAUCCAUCUUAGACAAGAGGAAACGAUUGAAAUCAGCACUAGAUGAUAAUAAAGACAUUCCAACAGACCUUAGGAAAGAUGCUUUAGACAUACAGAAAACACUUGAUUGGGAGGAUGAAGGAGGACAAGGUUUAACUACAAAUGAAGAUGAUGAGUACAGAUGGGCUGGUGUAGAGGACCCAAAGAUUAUGAUCAGUACCUCUAGAGACCCUAGCUCCAAGCUGAAACAAUUUGCUAAGGAGAUGCGUCUUGUGUUUCCUAACUCCCAGAGAAUCAAUCGUGGUAACUAUGAGAUGAAGCAGCUCAUCCAAGCAUGCCGAGCCAAUGACGUUACAGAUCUUAUAUUAGUGCAAGAACACAGAGGAGUACCAGAUGGCAUAACAGUGUGUCAUUUGCCGUAUGGACCAACUGCAUAUUUCACCUUAUCUAAUGUUGUCAUGAGACAUGACAUCCCAGAUGUGGGCACCAUGUCUGAGGCCUAUCCCCACCUAAUCUUCAAUAACCUUUCAUCAAGACUAGGUGAACGGGUUGUUAAUAUACUGAAGUAUUUGUUCCCUGUGCCCAAGGAGGACAGCAAACGAGGCAUGACCUUCUCAAAUGAUGAGGAUUUUAUAUCAUUUAGGCAUCACAUUUACAAGAAGAUUGACCACAAAGACAUCGAAUUAACUGAAGUUGGACCAAGAUUUGAGAUGAAGCUGUAUCAGAUACUCCAAGGCACCCUAGAGAAUGCUGAUAGUGCAGAUGUAGAGUGGGUCUAUAGACCUUAUAUGAACACUGCUAAGAAGAGGAAAUAUCUCAGUGACUCAUAGUGGAUAUAUUUUUUAUCAACAUUUUCUAAAUUAUUCAAAAGGGGAGCUAAUCAGAGAUGCCAGUUGGCUUAUUUAAUUUGUUUUCUGGCAUCUUAAAUUAUAGUCAUUCAGCAUCAUAUUUGUAAAACUUCAAAUGUGCAUAAUGUGUUAUGCGGUUUUGUAAUAUAGUAUACUGAAUAAAAAAAUAAACACAAA